AUGGCACCAGGCAUACUCAACGAUCAAAUCCCGGACCGGACGGUCGAGAACGGCAAUGGCUAUCAUGGCAAGACUCAGUAUCGCGAGCCCUUGAAGCCAUCUGGUGCUCUUGAUACAUUUACAUUUGAAGAAGCGACCCCAGUCAUCGGCCGCGAGUAUCCUACCUUGAACAUCGUCGAUGAUCUCAUGAAUGCCAACAAUGCUGAUGAACUCAUCCGAGAUCUUGCCAUUACCAUCGCCCAACGCGGCGUGGUCUUCUUCCGGAAGCAGGACAACCUGACCGACGAGCUACAGAAAAAGCUCAUCCACCGUCUGGGAGAAUUAAGUGGCAAGCCCGCGGACUCUACGCUCCACGUCCACCCAGUCUUGAACAGCACCUCCGAGUUCGGCGUCGGCGACGACCAGAUCAGCCACAUCAGCUCCGUCGCGCGGAAGAAGAUGUUCGCCCACGAACGCCAUCAAGCUAAGCGUCGGUACGACUCGGCUAGGUGGCAUAGCGACAUCCAGUUCGAGAGGUGUCCGGCCGACUUCACCUCGCUUCGUCUGACCCAGCUGCCAUCGAGCGGAGGCGAUACCCUCUGGGCCAGCGGCUACGAGAUCUACGACCGCUUCUCGAAGCCUUACCAGAAGUUCUUCGAGAGUCUCAGCGCCACCUUCAUCGGCGACGGCUUCCUCAAAGCAGCAGCCGCGGACCCAGAGCACGUCUACAUCUACGACAAGCCUCGCGGUUCGCCAAAGAACAUCGGCAAGGAGUUGGCGACCGUCCACCCGUUGGUGCGCACCAACCCAGUUACUGGCUGGAAGAGCAUAUAUGCAGUUGGCCCUUUCCCGAAGUACAUCAACGAGCUUAACCCGGACGAGAGCGAGGAGCUGCUCAAGAAGUUUUACGAUAUGAUCUUGGCAAAUCAUGAUCUUACUGUCCGUCUGAGGUGGCGCAACCCGAAUGAUAUGGCCAUAUGGGACAAUCGCAGUGCCUUCCACACGGCUACUUUUGACUACGAAGGUUUGGGAGAACGUUUUGGGCAUCGUGCUGUUGGCAUUGGCGAGGAGCCGUACUUUGACCCGAACAGUCAGUCGAGGACGGAGGCGCUUGGUGGAUACGUUAUGACUUGA